AUGGCUGCAAGAGUUGUCGGCGACGGCAACCAAGACCCACAGGGCGUGGCCGUCGCCAGAGGCCGCUCCAAUUCCGCACCACCACCACCACCAUCUCAACCUGUAGUUGUAACUGCACCACGGCGCCUCAACUACCCCGUGCAGCAAGAUGAGUGGAGAACCUACAUUUUUUUGUGGGGUCUAGCAACUACUCUAGUAGGCUUCAUUUUAAUUACAUCUCUCAUCUUCAUCAUAAUAGGAUUUGUUUACAGACCCAGCAAUCCCGAGUUUCAAGUGAAGGCGGCUUCAAUCAGCCAUCUGGAUCUUAACGGGUCUCAGACAACGGUUGUCUUGAGCUUCUUCUUGUCCCUGAAAAACCCCAACAAAAAAUUUGAAGUGUAUUAUGAUAGGUUGGCUGCUGCAGUGGUGUACAGGAAGGCAGUUCAGCUUGGUCAAGCGGAAAUUCCCUCUUUUCAUCAGGGAAAAAUCAGUACUACCUCAGUUCAAGUUGACAUAGCUGCAAAGCCGAGCGAGCUGGCUAAAGAGGUUUCAAAUGCUUUGGUUGAUGAUUUGCGUGCCGGAAAUAUAAGCUUGAGAGUGAGCUUAACGGCUUCGCUUAAAUUUCGAAGAGGUGUGUGGCGAUCUAAUAGGCGAGUGUUGGAGAUGGCUUUUGAUGGAUUGAGUUUUAUAAAUGAUUUCAAGAGGAAUUAG